UCCAACCCUAUCUCACGGCGAAUUCGUACUAAUUCGUACGAAUUAACCAAGUGGCUAAAUCGUACGAAUUCGUACGAUUUGUUCAUUGCAUUUAAAACAACCUCGUCAAGGCGAAUUCGUACUAAUUCGCACGACUUAAUUACGUGGUUAAAUCGUACUGUAUCGUACGAUUUCUUGUUCGCGUUGAAUAAGCGUGACCCAACUCUCCAUUGGAAAGCAUCGCGAUAUUAAACAGCAGUUACACGUGCCACAUCUCGUUACUUCAGAUCCCACACUACUCCAUACAGACUUCCUACAACUUAUUAACCCAACGGCUCUUUUAAGAGCCAUCUCUUGCAAAUCUCUUGUCUCUCUGACACACACUCACACUCUCUCUCACUCUCUCACUCACACACACACACACACACACACACAGACAUACACAGCGACUCUUUCCCCCUCCAUUCCUCUUCUCUUCCUUCACCUCUUUGUCUUUCGACUUUUCUUUGAUUAUUUCUCUUUCUUUCUCUUCUUCAAUAUGGCAUCUUGUCAAAACUCAGGUUUUGACCAAUUAUGUCAGGAAGCUGCAAUUAUUACAAGGGAACUUGAACUCAAAGCUGCCAGUGCUGAACUUGAAGCAGCUACCAAGGAGGCUGAAGAAAUUCUACUAACCUUCAACCCUCCACCAUUGAAAAAGAAGACCAAACAAGCCUGUAGCACUCGUCUCAGACCAGUCUCUUUUGUAGAGAGGGAUGAGUUUGGGCAUCUUGUGCCAAAACGGAGAAGGCCAAAACUUACCAAGGCAAACAUCUCCAAAGCUACAACGAUUAAUAGUCCAGCUAUGUCAUCAUCUUUGGAGUCUGGGCAAGUAGACAUUGAUCAUGGUGAAAUUCCAUCACUGCCUUCUCACACUGUUUGGCCAGCAGUUGAAGAUAUAGAAACUCUUCAUCAAGAGGUAGAGGAUCUAUUGGCUGAUACUGGAGACAUUCAGGGCCCAAAUCCGACUUCCUCAAACACAUGGUCAGUUCGCAUGGCCCAGACUAAAAAGAAGUGGGCAGCUUUGAGGCCAGAGAUGGUGGAAUCUUUAUUAACAGCUGAGUACACAGAGAUCAGACAGUGCCAGCACUGCCAACUGAAGCGAUCUGUUAUCCGCUGUAAAGACUGUGUUCCUAAACAGCUGUACUGUGCAGACUGCGAUAUUUUGGCCCAUGAAAGGAAACUGCACAACCGAGAGACAGAUGUAGAAGGAUUCUUUCGGGCCAUAUCCCCAUCAACUUUGGUGAAGGUGGAUAUUGACGGCCAAUUCCAUUUUGAGGAAAAAGAUUGCCUUUUGCCUCUAGCGACACCUGAUCAAAUUUGCAGCUGUGCCACUGAUACCAUUGUGGUGUCAGGAGGUAAAAAGGCUAUUCUCAUUGGAAUUGAUGGUCGCUACAAUGUCAGCUUGCCAACCUUCACAUGCUCAACAUGCCAUAUGAGCAGAACGACCAGCAUCCCACAACUGAUCAAGUCUGGUUACUGGCCUGCCACAGCAAGCUGUGAAACGCUGUAUAAAAUUGAUGUGUUUGUGUCAUAUGACCACAUGAAAUUGACUGCUCCUGGACUUUCUAGACAGUCCUUCAUCAGUUUAUUGGAACAGCGGACGGAGUUCUUUGGCCGAGAUGGAAAGAUCUGCACAGAUGCUUUUCAAAGAAGUUUUUUCGAAUGGAGAUACUGCCAGUUCGAAAUUGAUCAGCUCUGUGGACUGAAAGUGUUUGACUGUCCAGCCUGUUCUCCAUUUAUGCUUGCUGUGUCAGUAGAUGGUAACAGGAAAUUGUAUCGCUUCAAAAGAGGGGCUGAAGAUCAUGGUCUGUUCAAGGGUGUCUUUGUCUGUGAGGAUGAAGAUGUUUCCAAGUUCGUGGACUACAUUAAUAAGAAGACAAAGCACUCCGCUGGAAAAGGUGUCUGUGGAUCGAGUCAGUGGACUGCAGCACGGGAGUCCAUCCCAAAGAAAAUCAGCAAGCUGGAUGAGGAGGGGAUGGAGGUGGCUGUCUGUCGGCAUGGUGUGCUGCUGAGAAGUCUGAACAUGAUGAGGGGGGAAAUAUUUGCAUAUCCUUUGUUUCUCCAAAAGGAGCUGACUCCAAGGAAUGUUCAGUUCAUGUGCACUGACGUAAUAUGCAAGUACUGGCCAUACCUGCAGAGAGUUGUUAAUGAUUGUCCAGAGCUUUCUCCUCUCCUGCACAUGAAGCCAUUCCUGUCAGUGAUGCAUGCAAAGGCCCACUCUUGGAAAUGUGAGAUUAAGUGGGGUGGCCGAAACCAAGAAGGAGCAGGCACCACCUUGGGUGAAGAGGUGGAACAAGUAAACAGCUUCUUGUCGAGAACUGCUAUAUGCAGUAAAUACAUGACCAAAGGAGCUAGGACAGACAUGAUUACUAUCCAGGCCAUGGCAUGGAAUCAACGCAAAAUUGACAACCUUGCAAACGUGCUGUCCCGAAGAUUAAUAAAGACAAAAGCACAAAUUCAGGAGGAGUCCCUAAACCUUGAUGCACUAAAGACAGAGUUUGAAGUAACCGAUGACACGCUUAAAGACUGGACCAGUGAAAUCCAGCAGUGGGCUGAUACAGCAACAAGUAAGGAGAAUGCAAGCAGUCAACAGGGACUCCAGAAGACAAUUGAGACUCUUUAUGUGAGCAUCAGGCAGAGGAAGCGAGAUCUUUACCGUCAAACAGAUGGAAACAAAAGAAGACACAAACUCCGUAGAAAAAUUUUGGAGGAAAAGGCCAAAUUUAGUGCAGCUGUAGAUGAGUACAACAGGGAAGCACCUGAAAAGCUGCAGUCAGCUGACACAGUUCUGGCAUCUGAGAGCUAUGCAUGGCCAUGGGUACUGGAUGAGCGUGAUAAUCUUGUCACCAAAAAAAGGGCCUUUGACCAACUGAUGCUGCUGAAGCGCCUUACCGAAGAGGAGUGCAUUGUCCUGAAUGAAAUCAGGAAUCACUGGAAAAGCCUCAAAAAGGAUCUAUCUCUUCUAAAUGACCUUUCAUGUCAUGUUGCUGUUGAUAUAAAAAAGAACAAACAGGACUCUGGACUUUCCAAAAGUGGAAUUCUGGGACUUCACGCUCUACUACAGAAAAAACUAUGCUACCUAAAAAGUCACAUCUCCUCGGUUCAGCAACUGUAUGGUAGUGUCCUAGACAAUUGUGAGGUGUGUGAGAAACUGCAAGAUGAUGAUUACCUUGACAUGGAUGAGGAUUAUAUCCAGUAUGGUUCAGAGGAUGAGGAGGAGGAUGAAGAUGAAGUUUCAUUUGAAAUUUAAAAACUUUGUAAAUCAUUACUGUGGAAAAACUGAGCAACAUACACUAAUUUAUGAUACUCAUUUAAUUUCCAUUAAAUCUUAGCUGUCUAUAUUACUUGAUAAAACACUGACAAGGUGUUGUGUAAAUGUGUAAUCCUACUGUUAAAUUUCAUAAUUUACAUGGUAAAAAUUACACUGUAAAACAUUACUUGCACUAUUAUUUAUUGUAAAAUAGCUUCUUGAUGUAACAAACCUGUAAUAUUCAUGACUAUCUGUACAUUGUUUUACCAAAAUGUACUAAAUUCAUAACAAAUUCAGACAGAGAACCUGCCAACCAAUUUUAUUGUUUUCAGUAUGAGUGUGCUGAAGAUUUUAUGUAAUGGGGUAGAUGUUUGAAAAUGCAUGUACUGUAUGUGUUUGCAGUGACCUGUCCAAUAAAUGUGCUAAACUGCUUUGCUCUAGAGCUGAUAUGUAACUAAAAUGCCUACCUAGGUCCUUUUUCAUCCUUGCCCUAAUAGACUGAUUGACAACUGGUUAAUCUGAUUUAUAGCCCAUUUCAGGUGAGUACUAUUGGAUCUGUGUGUAAUGAUUCAAACUCAGGAUCUUAUUUCAGGCUUAAGACUGUUUUCAGAAGCUUACAUGUGCCACAUCUUUUUAAAAGCCUAAAAACAGCUCAAACAUGCAGUUUAUUCCAAGCCUUGUCUGUGAA